CCAAAGAACAAAGGCCCUGUGCAUGAAACGGUAGUCUGGAGAAAAGCCUUACGAUGUGGACAAAAAUUCAACGGGUACUAAUAUUCGUCCGACCGCGCAUCGUCAAUUAGAUGACUUGGGGGGCCUUACCUCAAGAACCACCCUUUGUUGUCUCCAAUUCGAGAUCCAGGCAAGGAUUUGUAGGGUCUUCGACACACUAGUUCAAACGAUGUUUUGGCAACAGAGUACACAUCUGACAGGUCCCGAUGUUACGAGCGCUCUGAUUGGCUGGUGCAGCGUAUUCAUCCGAGUGUGCAAGUAGUGCAGGCUGAGCGCAAAAAUGGCUGAUAGGAGGGAACGUGGAAUGAAUAGUACUAGCAGAGACCCCUUUUGCCCUGAAAACUCGGGGAUUAUGCGUAGAAGAAAAAGAAAAGGACCAGGCGUUUGUAGCUUUAGAAAAGAUACUGGUGGAUGACAAUCGAUAUCUUGUCACAACGAGGAAAUUCCUUUGAUGUUUUGCCGCCAUCGCUGACGCGCAUGCGCAGAGGCCCAAACGACCAUUUUGCCGCGGAUGUCAUCCAGGAGCACCAAUUAACACAAAUUAUGAGUUCGUAUUAUUCGAGUUCUUAUCUUGGCACGGCACAGAGUAACAAUACGGACCAGUUUCAUGUGAGUAGUCCUGUGGGGACGAACUACCCCGGCCAGGGUCACCGGGACUAUUCCCCGUACGACUCUGCCCCGUACGAGGGAAGCUGUGGACGAUACUCGGCGUUGUACGACCGCGGGGAUAUCCGUACCGUAGCGGCGCAACCCGCUCACCAAUACUACAACCAAACACAAGACUCAGUGAACUCAGUUACGGCGGUGAACUGCCGAAAUGAGUACUCUCAAAGCCCAACAAACCUCACGAAUUCAAACCAAAAUGGGAACCAUGUUCCGGACUAUAACUGUGUUUCGCGGACGGCUAGUGAAAAUUUCCGGGACACGUGUCAAAAUGGUCAACAUUCAGAAGGAAAUCAAUCUCUGCCUCAACAGAUGCCGAUAUACCCCUGGAUGAAGUCACAAUUUGGGCCGGACAGAAAGCGCGGGCGGCAGACUUACACGCGGUACCAAACCUUAGAGUUAGAGAAAGAGUUCCAUUUCAAUAAAUAUCUCACGAGGAGACGGAGGAUCGAAAUCGCUCACGCUUUAUGCCUGACGGAGCGGCAGAUUAAAAUUUGGUUCCAGAAUCGCCGGAUGAAGUGGAAGAAAGAAAACAAGCAGCCUGAUGGGACUGUCUGCAAAGAGGAGGAGGAGGAGGCGACGGAGACGGAAGACGUCAAGUCUACGGGCUGAUCGGCCGUGAGGACUCAUCAAGGUCAGUGUGGUGUGAGAAGGUUCGGCGUGGCGGGUCCUGCUCGAACUUAUACCUUCGCUUACAGCUCAUUUUGCCAUAAUUUGCCUUGAUCAAAUGUACUUUGCCUCAGUGCAUCGCCUGUACAAGUGACUGCCAGUGGUGGAAAAUACUUCCAAACGUUCACCAGUAUCAAAUAAUCACUGCAAUGCCACACCAUUUGAAACAGCUACACCAGGUAUGCCAUGUUGGCAAUGUUAGACGCCAGGCUAAACUUCCAGAGAGAUGUAUCCCAUAGUCCCAACCUACAGUUAUAUGUAUACCCAAGCAAACAUAAGUCAGAAGUCUUGCUUGUUUUAGUAACACAUUCCCUCGGUUCCUUUUGUACUUAGUCUAUUUGAAGUGUAUGUGUGGUUUUGGCAAGUUAUGGUGGAAUGUUGGCGAAACGCGGGCUGAUCUCAUUCAAAAGCCUUCAAAUGAUUUGGCAAAAAUAUCAUAGGCGUCGCCAGCAGAGGCCUAGGCGGCAUGCUUCAAAAUUCAAAACUCUGACUGCUCAGCAGAUGUGCAGAAUAACAGGCGACGCUUAUUUGCUUAUUAGCAGUCUUGUGGAAUACAGCGAUUGCAUCAUCUGUAUGCUUCUAUGUCAAAAGUUGAAAUAUGGAUCUGAAUGUCUGUAUUAUAACAAUUAACUCAGGAGUUUUCUUGUCCCACGACAACGAGAGGUUAAUCAUACAGCGACCAGCCUGCACUUUGAAGUAGAUUUUGCCUGUCCAUGAAAUGGACGCAAUAUGUGUUUUUGUAAAAGGUAAUUUGAAAAGAUUCUCAUCAGAAUAACAGUUUCAGAGGACAGGGGAUUUUUUUCAUGUUUUUCUAUUAACUUGCAUAAUCAAAACAAAAAACACGAGUUGACUAACGGCCAGUGUGUAUGAGAAAAUGUAGGGGAUACAUCAGUAAUAAGAGAAGGGAUUGCAUAAGUCCUAUCUCAAACUGUACCUCUUGGUGUUUUUUUGGGCGAACUCAGUGAGCCAUAAGAUGCUCUGAGGCUACGGUCAACGAAAAAAAAAAUAAACGAAGGACUCAAAAUUAUUAAGAUUAUUCAAAUUAAAGCUAACAUCACUAAAAGAAAAAUCGACAUUGAAAACAGGCAAGAAUUCAUUGAAUGAACGGAAUGCGUUCGACUGAAAUUUGUUGUACACUAUUUAGCUUCAGUUUUCAUUACUUCUAAAUGAUUAUUUUGGGUGGGUAUCGUGGUCAUGUUUACAUUGAUAAUUCUAAUUGGCAAUAGACUAAGGAGUUGUGAUACUACGCCAUGUAUUUUGAGAUUUAAUAACUUUCAACCCUUUCAUAUUUCUCAAAGUUCAAUUCAGGGUAAAUACAUAAUACGAGUGGCUUUCGAUUUAUUCGCCAUAGAUCAGUCAGAAAAGGGCUGGAAAAGGGUAAUAUUAUUGUGAAAGGGUAAAAUUCUAAUAUUAGAAGUACUUGUGUCUCGUAUUGUAACAGUAUUGUUGAUGUAAUGUAUGUUUGAUGACGUGUAGAGCGUAAAGUGGUAGAUUCUGCGUGAACGGCUAUAUAGUUUAAAGGAUUCACGCUUGGCGGCGGUGAACGCCAUGGCCUGUCUUAAAUUUCAAGCCCAGUCAGUAUUUUCCACUCAGUUUUCUUUUGGUCAGGUGGUAAGAUUUUUGUGAGAUUCAAGUUAUUUUUAGAAUUUAAGGUCCAGUGGUCGAAAUAUUUGGUUCGGUGAUGUGACAAGUUUUUUAAUAGAAAAACCGUUACAGCUGCCUUGUGUUUAGUCUCUUUUUGUCUGGUGGUAAGUGAAAAAGAAAACAAUUUCAGAUCAAAAUGAGCAGUGGAGAACACUGAAACCUCAUCCUAUGUCACUUAAGUCUCGAUUUUGAUAUACUUAAGUCUAGGAGUUUGGCAGGGACAAGGUUUGUUACUCGGUCAUGAGAUAAUAUGUUGUCUGCCAAUCCGGUUCAAUUCAAAUUAAAUUUGUGGAAAUUGGUGUAAAUCAUAUGACACAAAAUGGUGAAAUGUUUUGCAAGCAAUUUUGUCAAAAUUGGUUUCAAAUGAACACUUUUAAAUUGUAUUAGAUUUUAUUUUGUAGAUCAGUAUAGUGACUGUGAAUAAAUAUUACAUGUUUUGUCUAAA